GCCGCGGCCGGAGUGGCCAGCGGCAAGCAUCACAAGAGUCGUCGCUGCGGCAACACCUGUGCACGCGGGCGGCACGUACACAGCGAACGUGUCAAGCCGAUGCUCCACGCGGCCAUGUAUGCAAGCGCUUUGGAGUGCUAUAAAACUGCCCAGGAGAAAGCGCUCUUGCCACCACAAACAGCCUGGUAGCAUAUCCGUCUCGUGGGACAUAGUGCCAACCAAACACCCACCGUGCGUGUCAGCCAUGUCGCUCAUGCCUUGGUUCGGCGGUGGCCGGGGAGGGAUGGACCCCUUCUCCUCCGACCUCUGGGACCCCUUCGGCGCUUCCUGGCCCUUGGACGCCGGCCGCCGAGGCGGCGAAGGCGGCAGCCGCGACGACGCCACCGCCAUGGCUCGCACCAACAUUGACUGGCACGAGAACGACAAGGAGCACAUCUUCUCCGCGGAGAUACCCGGGGUGAGGAAGGAGGACGUGAAGGUGGAGGUGGAGGACGGCAACGUGCUCAAGAUCAGCGGGGAGAAGACGCGGGAGGAGGAGCACAAGGGCGACGCGUGGAACCGCGUGGAGCGCAGCUUCGGGUCCUUCAUGCGCCGGUUCCGCCUGCCGGAGAACGCCAAGGCGGACGGCAUCCGGUGCACCAUGCAGGACGGCGUGCUCAGGGUCGUCGUGCCCAAGGACGAGCAAGCCCAGAAGCAGCGCAACGUCCGCUCCAUCGACAUCGCCUAAACGCUCCGCACCUACGCAUGCAGUCAACGGCUUCCCAGCGUGACAUGCCAUCUCCUCUAGUACCACUACACUAUGCAUGGCGGUGACAGUGUCUCUUAUUUUAUUGGCCUCUACUAGUAGUGGCUAAUCUGUAUCGUGUGUUCUAUUUUAGCUUGUCUGUACUUUAAGGCUUAGGCUAUUCUGUACGGUAGUUUAGAAGUGUGUUGUACUAUGGGCCAUGUAGCUGCCAAACAUCCAUCGUAAAAGGCAGUGCAAGGACGAGAAAUUUGGAAGAGCGGCAGGGGCAACAGAGAAGCACAAACAAUCGCUGCCAAGGACCGAAUUUUAAUUUUCAAAGAUUGGCAGGGGCCGCGCGAACGCGUACC